UUCUAAGUUCCCCGUUGUAACAGUGUGCAAUUAGGGCAUGUUAAGUAUACAUCUUUUACAACGUCUGUACACUGAACUCCCUGGCCGUGGGUUUUGUGGAGGUUUAUGCUGCAUUCCACAAGGAUUUACUUUCAUCUGCUACACAUUCUCUGAGCUUAAUUUUCCUUCCUUUCAUACAAAAUUGUUUGCGAAGUUUGUUUUCUUUUUUCUUCCUUACGCUCAGCAGCUUCACAGUGCCUUCAAGCUGUAGACCAUGGUAGCCCAGAAGAAAAAUCUCAAGAGAAAAAACGAAGAUGUUAAAUCUCUACCAGCAAAAGUUUCAAUGUUGCCCGUACCAGAGGAGGCGCCUGAUUUCCCUAGGGGGGGUGCAAGCGUGCUGAGCCGGGCGGAGGUAGCUGAAGCAAGAGCCGAGGUCGAUGCUCAGUUUGAUACGGAGGAGCAGAAACAGUCACUUUCAAAGAAGCGCAGAAAAUCAACAAAACCAUCAUCGAAUGCGUAUGAACGCGAGGGCGAACUCCUGUUCCAAAUUGGGAUUACUGGCAAAUUACCAAAAUUCGUUAAUACUCUCCGCUAUAAGAAUUUAUCAAUUGGAAUGAAGCUGUGGGGAGUCAUCACAGAUGUGAAUGCUAAGGACCUGAUUGUAAGCUUACCUGGUGGAUUACGUGGCAUUGUAACAACAGAGGAAGCAUCCGACCUUUUAUUUGAGUCACGGGGAAUUGCAGAAAACAAUCACCAAGAUGUUGUAAGAAAGAAAUCUUUGCAUGGAGAAAAAUCCAAAAACGGAUUUGAUAGAUUGAUUUUAGCAGAUCUUUUUUCAGUAGGACAGCUUGUUCCCUGUGUUGUUUGCAAAUUGGAACAUGAAAAGGAUGGUACACCGGAAAGGAGCAAGAAAAAAAUCUGGUUGUCAUUGAGACUCAGCCUACUCCACAAAGGUCUCUCAAUUGAUUCUGUUCAAGAUGAAAUGGUAAUUAUGGCUUGUGUAAAAAGCAUUGAGGAUCAUGGUUAUAUACUCUCAUUUGGAUUGCCUUCAUUGUCUGGAUUCUUGCCCCGCAAUAAAGAGGGAAGUAAUGAUUCUCAGCUGAAAAAAGGUCAGCUAGUGCAAGGACUCAUUUCAAACAUUGAUAGAAUGCGGGGUGUGAUCUCUUUGAGAAAUGAUCCUAAACUGGUCGAAAAUAACAUGAUCAAAGACUACAAGGGGUUAUCAGUAGAUUUGUUUGUCCCUGGGAUGAUGGUCAAUGCGCGUGUGCAAGCAAUUUUGCGUAACGGACUGUUACUCUCAUUUCUUACCUAUUUUACAGGGACGGUGGAUAUUUUCCAUUUGCAAGAUCCAUUUCCCAAUUCAAAAUGGCAAGAAAAGUUCUCUGAGAAUGCAAGGCUGAAAGCAAGAAUUUUGUAUGUGGAUCCCACAACAAAGGCUGUUGGUUUGACUCUUAAUCCUCACCUCAUUCAGAACAAGGCCCCUCCCAUGGGGGUCAAAGUUGGAGAGAUUUUUGAGGAUGCACGUGUGGUCAGAGUUGAUCGUGGUAUUGGUCUUUUAUUGGAACUUCCCUCCAAACCAGCUGCAACACCUGCUUAUGUAAAAAUAUAUGAAGUGUCUGAUGAUAACAUUCAAAAAUUGGACAAGAAAUUUAAAGAGGGUGUGAAGGUUCGGACACGGGUAAUGGGAUUCAGAUUUACAGAAGGGAUAGCUGCAGCCACUCUAAAGGCAUCAGUUCUGGAGCAGGGAGUUUUUAAUCAUUCAGAUGUAAAGCCAGGUUUGGUGGUGAAAGCCAAGAUUGUUAAAAUGGAGGACUUUGGUGCAAUCGUACAACUCUCAAAUGGUUUAAAAGCUCUAUGCCCUGUUCAGCAUAUGUCAGAGUUUGAAGUUGCAAAGCCUAGUAAAAAGUUUAAGGUUGGAGCCGAACUGCGUUUUCGUGUAUUGGGAUGCAAGUUAAAGAGAACUACUGUCACUCAUAAGAAGACAAUGGUUAUGUCAAAGCUCAAGGUGAUUGCUGGUUAUGAAGAUGCAGUUGAGGGACUUAUUACUCAUGGUUGGAUCACUGGAAUCGGACAACAUGGAUGCUUUGUAACAUUCUAUAAUGGUGUUUCGGGUCUUGCACACAGGACUGAGCUUGGCCUAGAUCCCGGCACAGAAGCAGAAUCUGCAUUUCAUGUUGGACAGGUUGUCAGGUGUAGGGUAAUAAGGGCAUUUCCUAAAUUAAGACGUCUGGAGCUCAGUUUUAUCAUCUCCUCUGACAGGUCAUGUGUUGGUUAUGACAAGACCAUGGAUACAAAAAUUGGAAGUAUUGUUUCUGGUGUGGUUAAAAGUCUUACAACCUCUGCAGUUAUCUUGGAUGUGCCUACAGAGAAGGGUUCUAUCAAGGGUACCAUUUUUAACGAGCAACUAUCAGAUAAUCCAGGGCAUUCAGAGCAAAUCAAAGCAUUAUUAAAGCCUGGAAACAUGUUCGAUAGACUAUUGGUGCUAGAUAUUGUGAAUCAGAGUCUAAUACUAUCAGCCAAAUACUCGCUCAUUGAAUUUGCAACACUCCUUCCUUCAGAUAUUGUUCAAAUUCAUCCUCAAUCAGUGUUGCAAGGAUAUAUAUGCAAUAUCAUAAAAAAUGGUGUCUUUGUUCGCUUUCUUGGCCGUUUGACUGGUUUUGCACUAAAACAUCAAGUUUUGGACCGUUUCAGUGAGGAUCUUAUGAAACAUUUUUAUAUUGGGCAAUCUGUACGCAGUCAGAUACUUAAGGUUAAUGAGGAGACUGGAAAGAUUGGCUUAUCCCUGAAGCAAUCUGCUUGCUUUUCAACAGAUGCCUCUUUAAUUCAAGGCUAUUUUCUUGAAGAAGAUAUGAUUUCCAAGUUACAAGCUUCUGAUUCUGCAAGCUCUGAUAUUAGCUGGGCCGAAUAUUUUGUGAUUGGAAGUUGUGUUGAGGGUGAAGUUCAGGAAAUCAAAGAAUUUGGUGUGAUUGUAAACCUAAAAGAGUACAAAGAUAUUGUUGGAUUCAUCACCCAUUACCAGUUGGGUGGUGUCUCAAUAGAAAUUGGGAAUAUAAUUCAAGCUCGCAUUCUGGAUAUAGUAAAAUCUGAUGGCAUUGUAGAUCUGUCACUUAGACCAGAACUACUGCAACAUUGCAAAUCGCGAGAAACAAAGGGGAAGACAUUGUGUAAAAAGAGACGCAAAUCAGAGGAAAAUGUUGAACUGAGGCUGCAUCAGAAGGUUGAUGCUGUGGUUGAGCUUGUCAAAGAUGAUUAUUUGGUUUUAUCACUUCCUAAGCAUGACAAUAAUAUAGCUUUUGCAUCGACACAUGAUUUUAAUAUGUGGGUGGACCCACAUAAGCACUACACUACAGGCCAAAAGAUAAAUGCUACAGUACAGUCCCUUCCAAAUGCCUCAAAGUCGGGGAGGUUAUUGCUUUUAUUGUCCUAUCUCAGUGAUCUCAGAAAAAAGUCAAAUACAGAUUCACAUCCUAAAAGUGAUUCACUGAGGGAUCUGAGUGUCGUCUCAGACACCAAACGUGCUAGGAGAUCAGAAGAGCUCAAAGUUAGCACUCAAAAUGAACCCAGUAUCUUUCCAGACUCCAAACAGAUUGGAGGUGAAUCAAAUUAUGAUAUUGGUUCUGUUGUUGAGGUAGAGGUUUUUGAAAUAAAGCCUUUGGAAAUGCUAUUAAAAUUUGGAAAAGGUCUGUGUGGCAGGAUACAUAUUACUGAAUUGGAUUGUGAAAACAAAGAAGGGAGUCCCUUUAGUCAAUUCACGAUUGGACAAAAAAUGAUGGCACAUGUAAUAGAAGGCCCUCAAAUAUUUGGGAAAAGGAGUGAAUAUGUGUGGGAUUUUUCUCUCAGAACAUCAGCACAUACAGGGAAUGGAGUUGAUGCAAAACCAGGGAAUGCACUUGCAUCUCAAAAUUUAAAUAUUGGUGACACAAUUAUAGCAUUUGUAGAAAAGAUAAAAAAAGAUUGGGUUUGGUUUGUAGUUUCUCGCCAUAUCAGAGGGCGCAUGUUCAUUUUGGAUUCUUCCACCGAACCUUCUGAACUUUGUGCUUUUCAAAAGCGAUUCAUGGCUGGGAAGGCUAUUGUUUGCCAUAUUUCUAAGGUGGACAAGAAGAGUAGAAUCCUAGAUCUAACUCUGCGUAAGAUACCCUCUUGUUAUGAAAGAAAGCACGGUGUUGCCAUCAAUCAUGGGAAAAGUGAUUGCAGCACUGCUGUUAAAAAAGAAAAAGUUGUUAAUGAUAUACAUGAAAGUGAUGUUUUGGGUGGAAGGAUUGAUAAAAUUUUGCCAGGGGUGGGUGGUAUAAGUGUGCAGAUUGGAGCUCAUAUUUAUGGUAGAGUUCAUUUCACAGAGUUAAUGGACAGUUACACAGAAAAUCCUCUUUCUGGAUUCAAGGAAGGACAGUUUGUGAAGUGCAAAGUUAUGUUAGUUGCUACAACAGUUGAUGGGAAAUUGCAAAUUGAUUUGUCACUGAGGCAGUCACGGAUAGACAGUGAAGCUGGUGAAGAUAGAAAUACAAACAAAGCUGAAUUAGAAUAUCUUGGAUGUUCAAUUGACAAAAUCAGUGAUCUCAGGGAAAGUAUGGAGGUUAAGGGCUAUGUGAAGAGUAUCUCAAGCAAAGGGUGCUUUGUAAUGCUUUCUCGCCAUUUAAAUGCAAGAGUUCUUUUAUCUAAUUUGAUUGCUACAGAAUAUGAAAAUCUGGAUGAAGAAUUUCCACCAGGGAAGCUUGUUGAAGGGAGGAUUCUGAGCGUGGAUCAUGUCUCUGGUCGAGUUGAGAUGACACUUAAAACUAAAUCAGUGACAGGAGCAUUGGAAGGUGAUUUGAGUAGGCAGGAUAUUCGUGUUGGAGACAUGAUAUUAGGGGUUAUUAACCAUGUUGAACCCUUUGGCAUAUUUGUAACUAUUGAGAAUAGUAACAUUGUAGGGUUCUGCCAUGCAUCAGAGCUAUCGGAUAACAAUAUUGAUAACAUUCAAAUGAGCUACAGUGUUGGUGAGAGUGUUGAAGCUAAGGUUCUUCAGGUUGAUGAGAAAGACAAUCAAAUUAAGUUGGGAAUGAAGGAUUCUUAUUUGGAAAAUAAAGCAAUGGAUGGCAUUUUGCCAUAUAGUGUGUCUGUGGGUGAGGAUGGAGAUGGAUUUGAGAAUAUUGAUAAUUCUGAAAUUGAAGAAAAUGACGGUUCAUCUGAAGAAAGUGAUAAAAAUGAAAUUGAGGAUGUGUCGAUUAUUGAUACCUUUCCUGCAGCACGGGAAUUAGAAGCAAGGGUGUCUGUGCCUCCUCUAGAAGUUACAUUUGAUACAGACAUAAACAUGUCAGAUGUUACAAAUGAUAACAACAAAGAAAACCUUGGCAAUGAGCCAUCUGAACUGGAAGGAAAAGAUGGGACAAAGCUGACCAAGCGGGCAAAGAAAAGGCUUAAAGAGCAGAGGGAGCUGGAGAUAAGAGCUGCAGAACAAAAACGUUUAGAAGGUGACCGGGCACCUGAUAGUGUGGAUGAAUAUGAACAGUUGGUGAGGGCAUCUCCAAACAACAGCUUUGUUUGGAUCAAGUACAUGGCUUUUAUGCUGUCCCUUGCAGAUGUUGAGAAGGCACGUGCUAUUGCUGAAAGGGCCUUGCAAACUAUAAACUUCAGGGAGGAAGGAGAAAAACUAAACGUUUGGGUGGCUUAUUUUAAUCUGGAAAAUGUUUAUGGCAGUCCACCAAAUGAAGCAGUUCUAAAGGUCUUCCAAAGGGCACUACAGUACUGUGACCCCAAAAAAGUUCACCUUGCUCUGCUGGGAAUGUAUGAACGGACUGAACAACAUGAAAUGGCAGAUCAGCUACUUAAAGUGAUGACCAGGAAAUUCAAAACAUCUUCAAAGGUCUGGUUGAGGAAUAUACAGAAUCUGUUGAAGCGAGGAAGUGAUUCCACUCAUAUGGUUUUGGACAGUGCACUUUUGAGACUUCCACGCCACAAACACAUAAAAUUUAUCUCACAGACAGCAAUUCUUGAAUUUAAAAUUGGUUCAGCUGAAAGAGCACGAUCCUUAUUUGAAGGAGUUUUGAGGAACUAUCCUAAAAGAACGGAUCUAUGGAGUGUAUAUCUUGACCAGGAAAUAUGCAGAGGAGAUACAUCUGUGAUUCGGGCCCUUUUUGAAAGGGUCAUAUGCCUUGAUCUGCCUCCUAAGAAAAUGAAGUUUCUUUUCAAGAAGUACCUUGAAUAUGAGAAAUCUCAAGGUGAUGAAUCACGUGUUGAGUAUGUAAAGAGCAAGGCAAUGGAGUUCGUUGACAACAAACUUGGUUGAGAGCACUAAUUUAUUCCUUCUUGGAUAUCAAACUUGAUGCUUGGAGUUUACAUGCCCAAACUCUCGAGUGAUGAAAACUAAGGAAAGAGCACAUCUGCAUGCCACUGAUCAUAGCUACUAAUCAGGCUUUAAUAGUAGAGAUUAAUGUAGUCGGCUGCAUUUCAAGUUGCUGGGAGUCUCUAAAGGAAGCAAUUACAUACUAGCUUUUUCAUAAAUGGAAUUAGUGCUGGAGAUAAAUCAAGCAUACGAGCAGUUAAAUAUACCAAGCCGUGUUUAAAAUUGAAUCAAAUUUUGUAAAUUUUAUUUGUCCAGGUUUAGCUGGCUUCAGUAUGGUAUCAUUUCAUGACAGAUGCAAGGUUGUACCGGAAGAGAAGCUAUUUUCAAUUUUGUAAUAAUUUGUUUAAAGUAUUCAUGUGUUGAUGAUCCCUUUGCUUGCUCUGCUUGCAACGAUUUUGACACUACAAUGGUAGAAUUUAUUUCAUCAAUAAGAGGUCUUAUGUCUGUGACAGGCUGACCUGUUCUGUGAAAGUUGGUCAGUUUUUCACUUUUUAAGUCAGAUCAAAAUUCUCGCAUUUGCAGUUUUCUGGAUCUUUAUAUCCAAUAUGAUGCAAUGUUGAAUUCUAAAAUGAUGCCUUGUCUU